CCCAGAAGGCCCUGCAGGGACGCGGCCGUUCCCCUCCCCAGCUCCCGGGGCGCGCCGUCCAGCCCGCAGCAUGAGCGACCCCGCCGCGACCCCUAUCUUCGCACCCGGAGAGAACUGCAGCCCCGCGUGGCGGGCGGCGCCCGCGGCUUACGACGCGUCGGACACGCACCUGCAGAUCCUGGGCAAGCCGGUGAUGGAGCGCUGGGAGACCCCGUACAUGCACGCGCUGGCGGCCGCCGCCGCCUCCAGAGGGGGCCGGGUGUUGGAGGUGGGCUUUGGCAUGGCCAUCGCAGCUACGAAGGUGCAGGAGGCCCCCAUCGACGAGCACUGGGUCAUCGAGUGCAAUGAGGGCGUCUUCCAGCGGCUCCAGGACUGGGCCCCGCGGCAGCCACACAAGGUGGUUCCCCUGAAAGGCCUGUGGGAGGAGGUGGCCCCCACCCUGCCAGACAGUCACUUCGAUGGGAUCCUGUACGACACGUACCCGCUGUCUGAGGAGACCUGGCACACGCACCAGUUCAACUUCAUUCGGGACCAUGCCUUCCGCCUGCUGAAGCCAGGGGGCGUCCUUACCUACUGCAACCUCACCUCCUGGGGGAAGCUGAUGAAGUCCAAGUACUCGGACAUCACCACCAUGUUCGAGGAGACACAGGUGCCAGCCCUGCUGGAAGCAGGCUUCCGGCCGGAGAACAUCCACACACAGGUCAUGGAGCUGGUCCCACCGGCCGACUGCCGCUAUUACGCCUUCCCGCAGAUGAUCACGCCCCUGGUCACCAAGCACUGAGCCCACUGGGCCCACCGGCUCAGCUGCCCACGCCACCCUGGGGGCUCUGGGCUUCAGGAACCCCUAACCCCCAGACCCCUACUGAGCGCCUUCGUGGCCGGGAGUGCAGGCUCUGGCCCCUCAGCCCUGGUCCAGACCCACACCAGCCACAUGACAUCAACAAGCUUCCCUAACCUUCUCUGCAAGGGGACGGCCACUACCUUCCUACCAUGGUCCUGAGAAUGAAAUAAACACUAACACUGGGUUUAGCCAAUCAGCACGAGGACACAAACGUGUGCUUGCUUUACUCUUCCUGCCCCUCCAAAAGAAAGUGAAAGGAAAGAAACCUGUUAAAUUGACCACCACCGAGGCAGUGGCUCUACCACUCCAAAGUUUCUGAUCCUGCCUCUGAGCCCCCCGCUGUGCCCCCUGAAGACAUUGCCAAUUAGUCACCCAUGGCCCCUCCCGCCCACCCUGUGGUGGGCAGCUGGGGUCCCCAGAGGAGGUGGAACUAGGUCAGGACCUCAUAGCAGGUGGCAGCCCCAAGGCCCAGACCCUCUGGUCCCACCCAGUCAGGCUGCACCACGAUGCCUCGCUCUGAGUCGACGCCCCUCCAGCCCCAGCACAAGGACACCAUGGAUCUGUCUGCCCUGGACCCUGGUGCCCAGCUGGUCGCCGCGGUGUCGUCUGCUUCACCCCGACCCGCUCUUGGACGUGUCCACUCCCCUCCUUCAUGGGUGGGGCCUCCCACUGGGCCACGCUGGGCCCGGCUGUCCACUCCAGGGGCCUCGGCAUCUCCACGCACAAGAGACAGGCCUGACCCCGCCCACCUCCCAGGCCCCCACCCCGGCCCCCACACCACGUGGAGCAGGGCAGCCAGUCGGAUUUAUGGGCUUUAUUGACCGCCUCUGGGGGAACAGCGCAGACGCCGCAGGGCGGCCAGGCAGCGGCACUACCUGCGGUACCAGAUCUGGAGCCUCUUCUCGCGCUUGAUCUUCUUCUGCAGCUGCAGGAUGCCAUAGAGCAGGGCCUCGGCUGUGGGCGGGCAGCCUGGGGGGCAGGUGGCACCUCAGUCUUCCUGCCCUUCCCCCUCCCCUCCGCUCUGCUCCAGGUGGGGGCAACCAGGCCACUUCCCAGGGUGGGGAGGGGCAAGACAGGGCUCUGCACCAAGAGAGCUGGGGGGCUUGGCCCAUCACGGGAAAGGAGCCAGAGGGGGGCAGGGUGGGCAGCGUCCGGUGAGGACCCUUGGAAAGGAAUGGGGGCAGACUCUUCAGACUGGGAGACCCUCCAGAGACAGCGAGGGGGAAAGGCUGCGGUGUCACUCUUAUUCUUGGACCCAAAUCUGCUUAUUCUUAAAAGGGGGCAAGCUGUCUCAGUGGGGCUGUGGGGAUUCUGUGAAUCGGGUGAGGGCCGCGUGGGCGCCACCUGGGGGCUCACCUGGGACGUAGAUGUCCACGGGCACAAUACGGUCGCAGCCUCGCACCACAGAGUAGGAGUAGUGGUAGUAGCCACCUCCGUUGGCGCAGCUGGUGGGGAGGGGAGCGCCAGCUGUGAGAGUCUCUCCAGCGACCCCGGCCUCCAUCCCUCCUCACAGCCCCCAACCCGCACCCCCUUCCAACCUCAAGCAGGUGCCAGGCGGUCAGGAAAAGGGCAAGACUGGGACACAAGUCACAGGAAAGACAGCGGCCACCUGAGACCUUCUGUGGGACCGGGUAGGACAGAAACAAACGGUGGGACUAUGAACAGACCACCCUCAGUGAGAGAAGCCAGUGUGAAAGGACACAGCGUGUGAUUCCAUUGAUGGGAAACGUCCAGAACAGGCCAGUCCACAGACAGAGAGUGGG